AUGGAAGCUAAGAAGGGCGCAUCCGCCUCACUGUGCUGGCUCCUGCUGCUUGUCCUCCUGCCGUCAGGUGACCUGUUUCAUCCGUAGUUCUGAAGAAAUCGUGCCACCUUCUUGCUCUUGGCUUUCCCUUCUGCUCCAGCCUUUGCUAAUAUUUAGUCUCUGCUUUGGGAUUUCUCGCAGUUUAUUCACAGGUGACUGCGACCUGCUUCUGCGCCAGGGGGGUCUGCGACUCGACCGCGUGCGAGAUUGAGUGCCGCCAGCAAGGUUACACUAACGGCAACUGCGUUCUGCGCACGAGCGAGUGCCAAUGCAUCCAGAAUGUAGCCGUGAAGACUGAGAGCCCGCCGUCCUCCCACCAGUAG